AGGGCACCCACCUGGCCCCUGUGGGCUGGCCCCCUCCGUCCCAGGGGGCUGGGCCAGAGCUCUGCAGGACCCUGGCUUCAGUAAUCACUGUGGGCGGGCCCCUGGCCUUUUCCAGCCCUGGGGGCCUCCCCCUGCAUUCUGGAGUUUGGAGUUGUCGCUGCUGCUGCCAAGGCUGCUGCCUCUGACCGUUCACUGCUGGCUAGCUCUAGCUGCCGCUCCUCUCUGCUGGCCAUGACCACCGAGCCGCUCAGGACCCUGGCCCAGCUCUGAGACCUGGGACCUUCAGUCACCUCCCCUGGGUCAUGGCCAACUCGGGCCUCCAGCUCCUGGGCUACUUCCUGGCCCUGGGUGGCUGGGUGGGCAUCAUUGCCAGCACGGCCCUGCCACAAUGGAAGCAGUCUUCUUACGCGGGCGAUGCCAUCAUCACGGCCGUGGGCCUCUAUGAAGGGCUGUGGAUGUCCUGCGCCUCGCAGAGCACCGGUCAGGUGCAGUGCAAGCUCUACGACUCGCUGCUCGCCCUGGAUGGUCACAUCCAGUCGGCACGGGCCCUGAUGGUGGUGGCUGUGCUCCUGGGCUUUGUGGCCAUGGUCCUCAGUGUUGUCGGCAUGAAGUGCACGCGGGUUGGAGACAGCAACCCCAUUGCCAAGGACCGUGUGGCCAUCGCUGGGGGUGCCUUCUUCCUCCUGGCAGGCCUCUGCACCCUGACAGCUGUCUCAUGGUACGCCACCCUGGUGACCCAGGAGUUCUUUAACCCCAGCACACCUGUCAACGCCAGGUAUGAAUUUGGCCCGGCCCUGUUCGUGGGCUGGGCCGCAGCUGGCCUGGCCAUGCUGGGAGGCUCUUUCCUCUGCUGCACGUGCCCAGAGCCCGAGCGGACAAACAACAGCCCACAGCCCUACCGGCCGGGCCCCUCGGCGGCUGCCCGAGAGUACGUCUGAGUGUGCCUGCCCUGUUGCCCUCCUGCCCUGCACUCCAGCCAGCUGCUACCAUACCUAGGGUGGGGCCGGUAGGGUGCAGAAUGUCCCCCAGCUCAGGCCAGGGCUCUGGGCACCCACCCUGCAAUCUGAGACCCAAAUCCAAAUGUUCAGAGAGGGGGCUGAGGCAGGGCCCAACCCACUCACAUGCACAGGACCCCAGCCUGCCCGUGCAGCCUCAUGGGCAUAUUGUGGACAACAGCAGUUGGGUCGGCUGGCCCCUUUGUCUGCCCCCUGAAGGGUUACUGUGUGCUGGGCC